AUGGCCUCUAACCCUCCCGGACCUUGCUGUGCCACUGGCUUCAGACACGAGGGCGCACCCACCGGCGAGAUCAAGACAAUUGACGGCGUCAAAACCUAUAUUGUUUCUCCCAAGAAUCAGCAGAGACCUGAGAAGGCCAUUGUCUUUCUCACUGAUAUCUUUGGCAUUUUUAGUAACUCUCAAUUGCUGGCCGAUGAGUUUGCUAACAAUGGCUACCUGACUGUCAUUCCUGAUCUUUUUAACGGAGAUCAGAUCAGUGUCAGUGACAUGGAAUCUGGCAAGGCCGAUCUUGGUGCUUGGCUUCCAAACCACCAGCCCGCGAACAUUGACCCCAUUGUUGAAUCGAUCGUCAAAUAUGUCCGGAGUCUGGGCGUGAAGAAGAUCGGGGCUGUCGGAUAUUGCUUCGGUGCUAAAUAUGUUAUCCGCCACCUGAAGUCCGGCAAGAUCGAUGUCGGUUACUCGGCUCACCCCUCUUUUGUCACCCACGAGGAGCUCGGUGCUAUCGAGGGACCCCUCUCUAUCUCCGCUGCUGAGACCGACUCGAUCUUCACCACUCAGCUCCGCCACGAGUCCGAAGAGACUCUGAUCAAGGUUGGAAAGCCAUGGCAGAUCAACCUGUUCAGCGCUGUCACUCACGGCUUUGCCGUCCGUGGCGACCUGAACGUUCCCAUUCAGAAGUGGGCUAAGGAGCAGGCCUUCUGCCAGGCUGUUGCGUGGUUCCGCCAGUAUUUAUAA